AAACACUAGCAAAUAGGUAUAAGUUGUAAUGUGCGUUACCACCUCAAACUUAUCUCGCAGCUCGCCGAGUUAACUUCCUGAGGCUAACUGUAGCUAGCACUCGACAUACUAGACCCGAACUAGCCACCAUGCUCACCAAAGAGCCACGAAUGUGAUAGGUGUCAGACUUUUCACGUCGUGUAAUUACAAGUAUAAAACAGGAGCAAUCGUUGACUGUUGUGGUGGAUUAUUGUUAAAAAUAAAAAAUCACCCUGCGCCGAAGAGUUGACCUCAGGAAGAUGGCUACUAGUUCUUCCUUGCACCUUCUUCCUGUUUGACGUUUUUUGUGUGCAUGAAACUUUAUUCAAACUGUAAAGUGACAGACUGCUGCUUUUGAAUGCACAAACUACGCAGAAAAAGAGUUAACACGCCGAGGCGACAUUAUCUAAAGUUGUAAUUUAAUCGACGCAUUCUUCAGAGCAGUGGUAAUUAAGUGUGUGUAGAUUAAAGCUAUGGAGCUGAGUGUACAUCAUUUAACUACAGGAGAAGUGCAAAUAUUAGAAACAUCUUUCGCUGUUUGGUGGUGUAGUUUAACAAUAAUAGCGAUAUUAAUGAUGAUAAUGCCUUUUACUAGUAAUAUUACCAUUGCACAUGCAGGAUUUGUGACGCUUACAAAUAAAAGCAUUAUGUCUUUAUUAGAAGCUGUACCUAAUGAAGUGGCGAUUAAAUGCAUAUUCUCAUGCAUAAUUUUAUUGUAAUUUUUGUCUGCGGGUCACGGUCACAAAUGGGGGAGUUUUCCUUUCUUUUUUUGCAGAGGCUGUCUGGAGCAUGUGUCUGGCCCUCCCCUCCCUCCAUUGCCCCCCCCCCCCCCAUCCAGUCCUCCCCCAUGGAGUUGGGGGGUAGGCGAGGUGUAAAUCAGAACGCCUAGCUCAGACACACUCGGAUGCAAGCACUGGAGAGUUGUCUGUUUUGGGUUUUUUUUAAUUCCAUGGCUGUUUACUGGGAGUAAAAUGACGAUCCAGGCCCAUGCACCACACGGACCUCCUCUGGGGUGGUGAUGGAGGUAUAGGCUGCAUGCGGAGGCUCCGGGUGGCUGCUCCUCCUCCUCCUGUCCGUCCUCCGGCUGCCGGUGACGGCGGCUCACUGCACCGGCGUCCCGGUCGUCUCAUGCGAAACACAGCGGCCCAGUUGCGAAGCUUCGGGCGCACAGAGUCCAAUGGUUAUUGCUUCUGCACCGGACCCCAGCCACAGGGCAUGGAUAUAUCUGAACUGGAGUUGGUUCAGAUAAUAAUUAUCCUGCUGGCGAUGACCGUCAUGGUGGUCGUGCUGGUCUGCCUCCUCAUCCACUACCGCCUCUUCGCCCUGUCGCUCCUCGGCAGGCUCGGCGACAUGCGGGACACGCGACAGGAUGCCAGUGGGUGGUCAAACAGUGUGCUGACUCAACAUGGCAACAGCGAGGCAGUCCGCCAAAACCGGACCCCGCCGGUCUUCAUGCAGCGGCCUCCAUGUCGCUUUCAGCCCACCUAUCCCUACAUGCCACAGGAGACCAUCAAUCUGCCCCCCAUCAUCUGCUUACCUGACGGGGAUGGAGACAAGGGCAGCUUCCAGCUACGCACCCCGGAACAGCGGCUGGAACUGAGCCGGGCCUGCAUCCGUGCUCCUCCUAACCGGACUGUCCUGAGAAGUGACAUCAUAGACAAUUAUGUACACAGCACGGCCGUCGAUGUGAUGCUGGAGCAGCCCCCUCCCUCUUACAGCGUGACUAUGGAGCACUCCACCUUGGAGAAUGGAGAUGAACUAAAGAGAGCUCCUAAAAGACUACAGACAAGUUGGCACGCUGGAAGAAGCACAACAUCCACUGAAACUGUCCUUCACAACUCCUCAGUCACUUGAGGGACUUUUCUAUGUGAUAUGCAUCAGAUAUUUUCUAUUAGGUGCUAAAAUAUCUUGUUCGUUUGUGUCUAUUUUUGUAAGCUUUUCCAUGUCUUUAUGCGUAGUGCCCUGAUAAACACUGUCGUCACUCAUGGGAAUGUAUACGAAGCGUUUGGAAUGCAAGCUAAUUUGAAGUUGCACUUGAAAGCGGAGAAUGCUUCUGCUUUUUUUUUUUUUUUUAUGUUUUUCAUAAGAGAGGAGCUGCUAAAGUCAGUGCUUUUUGCUUCAAUUUGGCAUAUACUUUAUCCCGUUAAGGCCAGAGGCAAUACUCUGUUUUUGUUUACCAUUAGUGGUGCGGCCAUCUUUGCGCAGGUGCCACCAUCUUAAGCACUUUUGCCUCUGAAUUAACAAAAACACAGGAAGGAGGAGGAGGACUCCGUAUAAGCCAUGCACAGCAAUACUUUGUCACGCUCAGUGCAAUUGAAUUGAUCAGCAACUGACCUGAGUUUAAGCUAGAACUAUAGACACUGAAUUUAAAAGCUAAAUAUCCUUGUCGUUUACAUUUUUAUGUUAUUUAACAAAUAUUUUGUAUUUAAAAUGUGUAGCAGUUUACA